UGCUGCUGCAAAAAACCAUCGAAGGAGUAAAAAUUAUCAAAAUAGACCGUGGAAAUUAUUUUUGUAGUUGCAGGCAGGUGAAAGUGCAGUCUAAGGAUGACUCGUCAAAAUAAUAGAGAACGUAACGAACGUUCGAGUGGGCGCUAACAGUUGUUACGGUUGAAUCUUUAGUGAACCACUGCCCAAUGUUCAACCUAUUCUACCUCUUUAAUAAUAAACAGUUAAUUAUUAUUAUUUACACGUAGGAGAAGGUGAACGAAGUCGGUACCAUUUUCAAUAAUAAUAAUGGAUUAAUUAUUGCGCAAGUCAUUCCGGUGAUCACGAGGCGUACUUCCACAGUUGAAUAACACCCGCUCUUUCCCCCUUUUUUUCGUUUUAUUUACACAUUGAAUGCUGAACAGUGAAUCAUUGAAAUCUGGUGGUGUCAACAGCCGGGAUAUGAGUGAAGUUAAAGGGUCCAAUUUUGAUGUUUUGGAGGACUUGUAAAGUUUUUUAUUGGCGGUAACUACAUGAUUUUGUUAUCGUGUACGCAUUGAGCUGUUAUAACGAUAGUGUGCCACGUGAAUGCUUAGUUUUUUUUUUAUUAUUAUUUCUUGGGAGACGUAAUACAGCUGAUGACAAACGUCACACAUGAGAGCUAGAAUAGUUGAACAAUUCACGGUUUUUCAAGGAUUAUUCAUGGUUAUUUGGAUUAUAGCGGACAACUAACCUCAAAGCUCCAGACGCUGGGGACAUUCCGGUGAGAUCUUGAGGAGUAACUCCCCUUAAUAUUAAUGGAUGGCGAGGAAGAUUAUUUAUCACAAAAUGUACCAAAAAUCAAAAUGGACCAAAAGACAUUUGUUAUUGGAUCUCCAACUGAGCCUGGGACUGAGAACGAGUGGGAGAAUGUCUGCAAGGACGAGACAGACCUCGGUGACAUGACAUUCUCAAUGACUAAUUAUAUCACUGAAGCUAUGAAGAUGAUGUUUAUUAUGAGAAGCCAUCACAUGCUGACUGAUGUCAUUCUGGAGGUGGGCUCUGAACUAUUUCAUGCACACAAAGUCAUCUUGGCAGCUGCUAGUCCAUACUUUAAGGCGAUGUUCACAGGAGGGUUGAAAGAAUGUGAAAUGACAAGGGUAAAACUUCAGGGUGUCUGCCCAACAGCAAUGGCCAGGCUCAUGUUCUUCAUGUACACCGGACAAAUAAGAGUAACUGAAGUCACUGUUUGUUCCCUUCUCCCUGCAGCAACAAUGUUCCAGGUGAAUAAUGUAAUAGAAGCCUGCUGCGUAUUUCUAGAAAAACAGUUAGAUCCAACAAAUGCCAUUGGAAUUGCAAAUUUCGCUGAACAACAUGGCUGUCACAAUCUCCACCGCAAGGCAAAUCAAUUCAUUAUCCAGCACUUCAGUAGAAUAUGCCAGGAGGAGGAGUUCCUGCAAUUGUCAGCAAUGCAGCUAAUAUCACUCGUGAGAAAGGACGAGUUGAAUGUUCAGGAAGAACGAGAGGUCUAUAAUGCUGUCCUUAAGUGGGUUAAGUACAAUGAGGAUGCUAGAGGUCCAAAGAUGGAGCAUAUACUGCACGCUGUGAGGUGUCAGUACUUGACGCCGAGUUUUCUCAGGGAACAGAUGAAAAAUUGCGAUGUACUCAAGAAGGUACCCGCCUGCAGGGAGUACCUUGCACAGAUAUUCAAGGAUCUGACAUUGCAUAAGAAGCCUGUUGUUAAGGAGAGGACACCCAACACUCCCAGGGUAAUUUAUAUCGCUGGGGGAUUCUUCAAACACUCUUUGGAUAUUUUGGAGGGAUACAAUGUUGAUGACAAAACGUGGACACAACAUGCCAAGCUCAUUGUACCUAGAUCUGGUCUCGGCGGUGCUUUUCUCAAGGGAAUGUUUUAUGCAGUCGGGGGAAGAAAUAAUUCACCUGUUAGUAGGCUCGCCCCUGGGGAUAACAGAUAUGACAGCAAUUGGAUUGACAGAUACAACCCAGUGCAGGACCAAUGGCGGCCAUGCGCAACAAUGUCAGUUUCAAGGAAUCGUGUUGGUGUUGCUGUGAUGGAUGGACUUCUUUAUGCUGUGGGAGGAUGCUCGGGGCUACAGUAUUAUAAUAGUGUAGAGUCUUACGAUCCUGAAACAGAUUCUUGGAGUAAUGUUAAACCCAUGCAUGUUAAGAGGCUUGGAGUGGGUGUUGCAGUGGUCAACCGGCUGCUAUAUGCAAUCGGUGGAUACGAUGGGGCCAACAGAUUAAAUUCAGUUGAAUGUUAUCACCCUGAGAAUGACGAAUGGACGAUGGUUGCACCUAUGCAAUCAAAUAGAUCGGGUGCUGGUGUGGCUAGCUUAGGACAAUGUAUCUACGUUGUUGGAGGAUAUGAUGGAAGUGCUCAAUUGAAUUCCGUGGAAAGAUACGAUACCGAGACUGAUCGUUGGACGUUUGUCAGCAGUGUUUCGAUAGCACGUAGUGCACUUAGUGUUACUGUUUUGGACGGAAAAUUAUAUGCCAUGGGCGGUUAUGAUGGCUCGGCAAUCCUUAGUAUCGUGGAAAUAUAUGAUCCUGCAACUGACAAAUGGGAGUUAGGUCCAUCCAUGACAUCAGCUAGAUCAGGACACGCAAGUGCAGUAUCCUACCAUCAUUGUCCCAUAAAUUGCGAUCACUGGGAUCUCAGCAUUGGGCCAGAGCGUGCACCCUCGUGAUAUUCUAAUUAUAUUGUUAAAAAUCUUCACACUCAGCCACGCGAAUAAUACAUUUUAUUCUCGACGAAGUUCUCGUUGCGUCCAGUAUAGUAGAUUAAUUUUUUAUGAAGUUACGGUAGUAAUUGUGAUUGCCCGAAGUCAGGUACAUAAAGAUAGUAAAGGCAUAUUUUUAAUCAAAUCAACUGAGCCUGCGGAGUUUUAUUUAUGAGAUUUUUUUUACCGUUUUCAGUGUAUGUAAAAAUGCAUGAGAUAGAAAUGCCACUGUGACCACAUUCCCACAUACAUACGCCCUUUUCACAUUGUUUUUCAUAAAUAAAAAAUAUCAUAGAACAAAACUGAUGUAAUAAAGAAUAUUUUUCAAUAAAACAAUUUUUGAAAAGAAAA